AUGGUGAUGGACAAGCCUCCAUACCAGGAUUUCAAAAAUGAAUAUGGUGUGGUGACAAACGCUCACGAGUCGGGCUUGGUGGACAUCUCGCUGUGCAGCGGCGCCCUGCUGUAUCAGGUUAGUGGCGAGUCAUUGAAGGUAGCGCAACUCACAGGUGACGAGCCUGAAUGUGAUCAGCUGGCCAGUAUUUGUUCGAAGGCCCUUCAGCCGGAUUCCGAAGUGAGAGGACCAUUGCCCAGAAGUGAUGCCAAGGACAACCUUUAUGCUCCCUUGUCUAUGGCCACGAUCGAAGCCACCCAGUCACAGGCGAAGCUGGUCAAGGGUUUGCUUGUCAAAUGGGCGGCGCGUUCUGCGCUCAUACCCAGCUGGUCUCGCAACUUCUGGAAAGAAGUGGGCGACAUCGGGAAGCUGGAGUCUCGUGUGGAAGCACUGCUGCGGACUUUCGGCUACCUCGGUGCAGGCAGUGGAACACCCCCGCGCACCUCGGAGCGCAAAGAAAAGCUGUCAGAAUUGGAAAACAGUGGGGCGUUAGCCCAUUCCACGCCUCUCUUUGACAAUGGGCUUUUGGACGCGGAGAAUGCUGUCGAGGAUGACGACCUUGGUGGUUGUGAAGCAUGCAUUGAAACGGGCUGGACCAGCGACGCAUUGUAUUCGGAUUUGUUCAAUCAAGCAUCAUUGGUCGACUUUGCCGUGAAGGACGCCAAGGGUUCGCAGGCUCAGGCUCUCUCCCUGAUUGCGUGCAGCGACACAGCAGAGGUUGCCUUGAGGACUUAUGUGCACGAGAAGCGAACAGGCGAUCGGGAUGCAGCAACGUUUAUGCUGGCCAUUAAGCCAACGAAUCUUUCCCAUGACAUUGCGCCGGCCUGGUUGGUGUCGGAAGCAUCGUUGUUUGCCCAAAGCGAGCACAAACGGGGCACCCAAAGGCAAAGGGAGCUGGACGAGGACGAGGAGCUAACAGGGAGGUGGCGGCAGACCGGCCGCAGCAGCCACUCAAGGCUGACACCGCGGCGGCCCCUCAUGGGCAGCUGCUGGCUCAUGGGGGCGACGCCGCCAAGUCAAACAGCAGAAGACGGAGGAGCAGCCACAGCGCAUUAUGAGCUUUUCCCGCUCCCAGUGCCGCCGCAGCCGUUGUUUCCAAAUUCAUCCUCCGCUCGUUUGAGAAACAGGUUUUCCAAGAGGUUGCGGCUUUGGAAGUGCACAGUCGGUUUGAUUCAUUUUCUGAAUUUCAUGCAUGUGGGCACGAACAGACACAAGCAGAAGCUCUCCGAAUCAGCGGCGCGGGCUGAACCAAAUCAGGCGCACAGAGCUGUGUGGAGACACCUGUUCGAGUUGAGCAGAGCUGGUCUUCGGGUCCGCCGGGAGGUCACUCCGACAGGCGGCCAGUCAGCUGUUGCGGUGCUCGUCAAGUCCGCCAAGGUGGACGCGAUGGGUUAUGCAUCAGUUUCCAAGACGCAUGCCCAAGUGCCCAUGGAAGCAGCACGUAUCGUGGAGCCUUCGGAUGAACACGUGGUCGACAUGUUACAAGCAUUGCCAUGUGACGAAAGCCAGUUUCCUUCCCACGAAGAGAAUGUCAUUGAUCAUAUCGGAAAGAGCACAGUUAUCCAACACGAGCUGGAACAGCAAUAUGCGUUUGUAGGCGGUUGCUUGGACGAAUAUGAAAGCUACUUUCACCGCCAGGAUGUUCCUGCCAGCAUGUGGGAGUGGAGGAGGCUCUUCCGUGAUGUCAAGGCAGUCGCUGGUUUUUCGGUGGUCAAGGCUUCCUGUCACUUACACUCCAAGCUUGACAAUUGA